AUGUACAGCAUCUAUCACGGUACAGCUGUGGAUACGAGCCUCCUGAUAGACCAUCUAGGAUCCUACAUCUUCAAUAAUCCGAGUGAUCCGUCUAUCAAUCAGCAUUUGGUCAUGGGCAUUUCCUUAGGAGGUCAUUCUGCUUGGCAAGUCCUUUUCAAUGAGCCAAGAGUUAGUGCCGGGAUCGUGAUUAUUGGAUGUCCAGAUUACAUCAACCUAAUGACCGACCGCGCCCGCCUCUCCAAACUCCCCACCUACACCUCAUCCACACCCCCCGGCGCCACCUUCCUCGGCAGCCCCUCCUUCCCCUCCACCCUCCUCAACACCCUCCAAAAGUCCGACCCCCGCUCCAUCCUCUUCUCCAGCACUCCCAUCCCCUCACCAAGCUCACCCCUCUCCCAACCCCAAAAAUCCCAUCUAACCACUCUCCUAUCCUCCCGUCUCGCUCAUAAAAGCAUCCUAGUCUGUUCAGGCAGUAGCGACAAGCUCGUACCAUACGCCUGCUCUAAACCAUUCUUGGAUUUCUUAAAGGACGCUACGGAUGAGGAGAGAGGGUGGUGGAGGGAGGGCGGGUGUAAGGUUGGUGAUAGGGUGUAUGAGGGUGUGGGACAUGCGUUUAGUGAGGGGAUGAGGAGGGAUACCGUGGAGUUUUUGGGAGGGGUUUUGGAAGCAGAGGAGAGGAGAGGGAAGGAGAAAGAGGGAAGUUCGAGACUUUGA